GAACUGCUCGUCCAAAAUGUCUUGCCAAAUCAGAGUCGUGUCUCUGGCUAUCCUAGUCCUAGUGCUUGUAUCCUCCCUGGAGGCAAACCUCAGGACUCGUACUCUUCCUUCUGGAGUGACCGCAUCCGACAAGCAGUUUAGUUCCAGGAUCGUUGGCGGAGAGAUCUCUGCGGUAACUGCAGCACCCUGGCAGGUUUCAUUGCAGAAUCCAUAUGGAAACCUUUUCUGUGGCGGAUGUAUUAUCCAUGACCAGUACGUUCUCACGGCGGCCAGUUGCGUGGUCGGUCUCCGGGAGAGCUAUAUUAAAGUGGUCACCAGCACUGAAAACAACUGGGGCCUAGCUGGCUGGGAGUACGAAGUGGAGAAGAUCAUCACCCACUGCAACUUCGACAAGCCCCUGUACCACAACGACAUCGCCCUGCUAAAGACCAAAACCCUCUUCGCCUACGACGAGGUAACCCAGAACAUAACCCUUGCUCCGCUGGAGGACUUGGUGGAGGGCGAGAAAUUGACCAUGUACGGCUGGGGCAGCACCGAGAUUGGCUCGGACUUCUCCUGGGAGUUGCGUCAACUGGACCUGUCGUAUGUGCCGCCCGCGAAGUGCAAUGCCACUUACGGCGGCACCUCGGAUUUGGACUGGGGCCACCUCUGUGCCGUGGGAAGUGUGGGUGCCGGAGCCUGUCAUGGAGAUGCGGGAGGAUCGCUGGUGGACAGCAAGGGUCGCCUGGUGGGUGUCGGUAACUGGGGCGUGCCCUGUGGAUAUGGAUUCCCCGAUGUCUUUGCCCGGGCCAGCUUCUACUACAGUUGGAUCGAGUCUACGAUUAAUGGUUGCACUAUUGUUUGAAAAAUCAAUAAAAUGUUGUAAACUUU